AUGAACCUGGCCAUCAAGGUCAGAAUUCCAGAAACGCCACUUCGUCAGAAAUCCGUCGAUUCAGAGGAAUGUCGGCUGUACCUGUUCAUCACCCUGGGUGUCGCCGGCGUCUUCUGCAUCUCCUCCGUCGUGUUCGUCGUGUUCACUCUCCUCCGCGGGCGCUCGUCCUCCAAGAAGGUCGGCCAGUCCGUUCCGGUGGCGCCCGUGGCCAUGAGCCCGCACAUGCCGCCCAAGUUCUCGUCCACAGCCUCCACGUGCUCUUCGUCGCUGCCUUCGCUGAGGGAGUCCGAGGUGAACGCCGUCGCCUCGCCCCUCAGGGACUUCCCCGUCCCCCCUACCGUCAGGCAGCGGAAGCGCGACCUCAACGCCGAGCUCCUGAACGUGUUCGGCGGCGACCAGGCCUUCUCCUACGGCUCGCACUACCCGGGUAUGUUCAACUACUACGGCUACAUGGUGGUUCCUCGGAAGGCCUCGGAGAAGGCGGAAAAGCGGUCCGUGCGGGCGCUCAAGAAGAGGCAGCGGAAGGAGCGGUCCGAGGCGACCUGCCAGUGCGCGUCGGGCCGCUGGGAGACCGACGACCGCGACGCCGACAUCUCGACCGAAAACCACAAGGCCAUCAUCCGGAUCUCUUCGUCGUCGUCGGAUUCGGACACCGUCCCGACGCCUUGCCUGAGCCACCGUCCGAAACCGAUGCCGCGGAUGAAGAAAGAAAGCGAAUACGAUAACAUUUACAGUGAAAUAUCGGUAGACGAAGAGCCUACUAUGGUCUGAGGGCCGAGGGGCUGUGCCGUUAGGACAAUUUGUACAUACUUGUGGAGGCGGAGGCAGGGAUUACUCACUAGAUACGCCCGCAAGGUUCGUGUUCAAUUCCCACGACGGCGGCUGGUGAUUGCUUCAGUAAGUCAAAUACUUUCCUCUGGGCUUUUUACGGAUGACCAAAAAUAGUCUAAUCCCCCUACUCUCAGACAGCGAAUGUUUCGAACGGAAACCUGGUCCGACAUGCCUCCGGGACGCCAAGGAUGCUGCACAGAAGCCGCUCCGUCGCUGAUUGUUGCCUGGGUCAUUUAUCUUUAGGAUUCCUAACAUGUUUAGCGUUAAGCGUAUCAGCUCCUGCAGGGUGUUGUACUGAGGUCGUUCAUUUCUUAAUUUCUUAAUUUGUAUUGCUGAAAUGUUUUACAUAUAAA